AUGGUGAACACAGGUAUGCAGCUGAUCAGCUUCACCUGUGCUGUGACAGGUUGGGUGAUGGCUAUAGCAGUGACUGCACUGCCCCAGUGGAAGGUCACGGCAUUCAUAGGCAGCAACAUCUUGACCUCCGAAAUUGUUUGGCAGGGGAUCUGGAUGAACUGCAUCUACCAGACCACUGGCCAUAUGCAGUGUAAGACCUACGACUCCAUGCUGGCUCUACCACCUGAUAUCCAGGCAGCACGGGCGCUGAUGUGCAUUGCUAUCUUCUUGGGCUGGUUGUCCUGCACCGUUUCUUGCUGUGGAAUGAAGUGCACCACCUGUGCCGGGGACGAUCGCCAUGCCAAGGCUGGCAUAGCACUGUCCGGUGGGGUGCUCUUCAUCCUGACAGGCCUGUGCGUCCUAGUGCCGGUUUCCUGGACAGCAAACACUGUGGUGCAGGACUUCUACAACCCCAAUGUUCCCCUCCAGCACAAGCGGGAGCUGGGUCAGGCCAUUUACCUGGGAUGGGCAGCAGCAGUGAUUCUUAUGAUCAGCGGGGCGGUGCUGAGCAGUACCUGCCCGCACAUUGAGAGAGGAGGGUACAGACGUGGGUACAUAGGUCGUAGUUUUGCAAACUCAAGGUCUUCUGCUCCAGAUCCGCUAAAGCCAAUCACCACCAGUACCCUGCCUCUUAAGGAGUAUGUAUGAUAAAGAUAAAUGAAAGAAAU